AUGGUGGAGGCGGGUGGCGCACGACGCCACCGAUUGACUCUCGAAUCUGGAGAACACACACUCAAUUUCUAUGCUUAUAGAAGAGGAUUGUUUCGAACGAUUCUUUUCUAUAUUUUCUCAAUACUGACACUUGGAAUAUUUCGACUGAUUCUUCAUUGGAGAGAAAGAUGGAACGUCAAAUUUCGAAUGGUCCCUUGCCUUUUUUCGCACGCUGAAUAUGUUCAUGUUAUAGAUUGCCAUAAUGUCUCGGAGCUUCUUGAAGUCCACAAGAAAGUUGGGACCCCGGAGAACCCAGUGUUUAUACCAAAUACGAAUGGAGAAAUGAGCCAAAUAAAAGAGUUGAAAUGGUUUCUUUACCGAAAGCUGGUCUAUGUUUGGAUUGAAAAUGAGGAAACCGACGAAGCUGGAUGGAUGGCUUCAAGCGAUAUUGCAGAUUCGAUUCCUUGCGCUUCCUUCAUAGAAGCAUCCGAAGCCAAUCAAGGAUUGGGAUUGAAGGAAAUCGCGCAUCGUCUUGAGUUCUUCGGAAGAAACGAGAUCGUCGUGACUGUCCGUCCAAUUCUCUACCUGCUCAUUAUGGAAGUCAUCACACCAUUCUACGUGUUCCAAAUCUUCAGUGUAACUGUUUGGUACAACGACGAAUAUGCAUACUAUGCAUCGCUUAUCGUCUUUCUCUCAAUUUCCUCGAUUUGCAUUGAUGUUGCACAAUUGCGAAAACAAGAAACCAGAUUGCGCAAUAUGGUCCAUAAUACGGAAGAAGUUGAAGUUAUUCGAGAAGGAAAGGAAAUGGUGAUUGGAAGUGAGCAGCUCGUUCCUGGCGAUAUUCUUUUGAUUCCACCGCACGGAUGCCUAAUGCAAUGCGAUUGUGUUCUCAUGAACGGAACGGCGAUUGUGAAUGAAAGCGUGUUGACUGGCGAAUCGGUUCCGAUCACCAAGGUUGCACUUACUGAUGAGACGCAUGAUAUGGUUUUCAAUCUUGAGAAACAUUCGAAGAACGUGUUGUAUUGUGGCACACAGGUUCUUCAAACGCGUUUUUAUCGUGGAAAAAAAGUCAAGGUAUGA